CCACUUUUGGAAAAUAUUUGUGAGCACUCCCUUCCUUAUGAAGUGCCAUUACAAUGGACCGGAAACUGAACUUGUUUUAAAACACAAGUGAAAGUGCUGUGAACACUUUCAUGCUUAAAAACGCUCAUUUUAGUGUUUUCAGUCUUUUUGAGUAAUGUUCACAGACUCGUUCAUGAGGCACGAUGCCAAAAAUUCUUCUCAGUGGAUGUUUGUUUACCGUUCUGGCUUUUUCAUCUAAUCUUCACGUGUGUGCAGACGAGUGUGUGACAGCGGUGUUUGCCAAACGUAAUAACAUGCACAAACCCGAAGGUAGCAGCUUGUCUAUAGGGUGUGAUGUCCAUCACUGCAAACAGAAAUGGACAGGAGGAUGGGGGGUUAGACAGCAAUAUUUCACUUUCCUCAACACGUCUCAACGAGUCCACAUUUCUAACGGUGAAAUCUCACAAGACGUCACACGCCUCACCCUCACCAUCCACAAUCUCAACCAGUCAGAUUCUGGGCUGUACAUGUGCAACAUCAACUGGGGGGCGUCCAGCAGCCAGGGUCAUGUCACACAGGUCAAUGUGACUGCAGGCAGCUCAGAGCAGUUCAUGCCUGAAUCCACAGGGAGGAAGCUGUCUUACAGGUUGUUAGUUUGUGCUGCGGCCAGUCUGUGUUUCCCAUUGGCUUUGGCUCUGGCGCGUUGUUUCCCCUCUGACGUCCAGCCUCCACCUCCUGUUCCUCCUCCACGCUCCCGAUACAGCUCCACAGUUCGAGUUAAACCAAAAGCUGAUGUGGUGUACACAACGUUGACUCUGACUGAUCCCAGACGGCAGAGCGCCGCUCAAGCGGCGAACAAAUCGACGGCAGUCGUUUACUCAACAGUGUCCUUCUCCACUGUUUGAACCUCUCAGGAAAGCGUCAAAUAAAAUACAUUAACGCUGUGAUUUAGUAGUUUGUCAUCUCAGGAUUAAGAUUUUACUCAUAUACAAAUUUAUAAUCUAACAAUUUUCACACAAAAAAAAUGGUGAUCAAUCAGAAAUAAGAACUGAAGUAUGAAUUGGUUCAAAUCAUUGUGUGCUUCCUGUUUACCUUUGAGGCACAAACACUGUAAACAUGAAAGAAAUACAUUAGCUAAAAAUUAAAUGUACAGUUUGUCCACACUUUUUCCACAAGCUUGCGAAUUCCAGGUUAUCGGGUAUGGAGUUGUGUAUCUCAGUCAGAAUAAUUUAUAUACAGUACAGUAACUGGACACCAGGAGGUUACAGAGCCAAACAUUUCCUAAGCUAGGGUUUGUAAGAUUUAGAUGCUAAUAUAUGUUUAUUUGUUUAUUUGCUUCUAUAAAUGUGUUUUGCAGCAUGCUAUACAUGUUAGCAGUAGAUUUAUCUUACAGUGUAACUACGUUAGCUUCUAAAAGUGCAAAUGUCAGAAACCAAACAAAGAAUAUGGACUCCAUUUCAUGGUACAGUACAAAUUAAAAAUGAGCAGUUUUACUUUUUGGAUAUACCAUUAAAGUAACCACAAACCUUUUGACUUAUUUUUAUUGUCAAUGGAAUAUAAUAAUAAUUAAUGGAAAACAUGAUUAGCAUCACAUCCAUAUUAUAUCUCUGAUAUUUAACUCUUAAAAUCUGAAUGUAAAAUGUGAAAAUGUGUUGCUUUGUAAAUAAAAAGAGCUCAAAACA